AUGGCAAGACUGAGUGGGAACGUGGUCGAAGUGGCGCUGCGACGCAUGAUCGUCGCUCAACUCUUGAGCGCCGCCGCGGUAUGGCAGGCUGGCGGUCAAGGUCGAAGUCGCGACGCGUGCGCAGGCAAGACGUCGCGCGGGUGCAGCGACGACGAGAUGGCGAGACCAGUCAAAAGCCAUGCCAUGUUGGUUGCGAAGAGCGAGAAUGCCGCUUGCAAAGACCAAAGUGGAUGUACUCACCAAGUUCGAGAGUCGACGUCGUUUCGAGGUAACGUGACAAGUCACGAGUUCGCAAGCCGGGCGCUUUAA